AUGGCUGCCCUGGGCGAGGAUCUCCUCGGCAUUGUCAAUAAGCUGCAAGACUUGGUUUUCAACACCAUCGGCAGCGACUCGCUAGACCUGCCGCAGAUUGUUGUAGUUGGUUCUCAGUCUGCUGGGAAGUCGUCUGUUCUAGAGAAUAUCGUUGGACGCGAUUUCCUACCACGUGGCAGUGGUAUCGUAACGCGAAGGCCUUUGAUUCUGCAGCUCAUCAAUGUCCCCGACGAUGAAUCCCAACCGGAUGCUCCCCUCGACCCUUACCGUUCCCCUUCGGCGGCGCGUCGAUCCGAGUGGGCAGAAUUCCAUCAUAUCCCAAACCGAAGAUUCACGGAUUUCGCCGACGUGAAGCGCGAGAUCGAAAGCGAAACAUCACGCGUUGCCGGGACGAAUAAAGGCAUCAACAGACAGCCGAUAAACUUGAAAAUUUACUCUCCUCAUGUCCUGAACCUCACGCUAGUGGAUUUACCCGGGUUAACGAAGGUUCCUAUCGGCGACCAGCCGACGGAUAUCGAGAAGCAGACCCGCAAUCUCAUCUCGGAAUAUAUCGCCAAACCGAAUAGUAUUGUCCUCGCUGUUUCCCCUGCAAAUGUCGACAUAGUGAACUCAGAGGCUCUGAAGCUUGCCAGACAUGUCGACCCCCUUGGAAGGCGUACGAUCGGUGUCCUGACCAAAGUCGAUCUGAUGGACCACGGGACCAAUGCUUUGGAUAUCUUAUCCGGUCGUGUAUACCCGCUCAAGCUAGGCUUUAUCGGUGUCGUCAAUCGAUCGCAACAAGACAUCCAGGGCAAUAAACCUAUGGAUGAGGCACUCAAGGCCGAGGCGGAAUUUUUCCGCCAUCAUCCUGCAUAUCGAAAUAUCGCGACCCGUUGCGGAACCCAGUUUCUAGCAAAAACGCUGAACACUACGCUAAUGGCGCAUAUUAGGGAGCGACUCCCCGACAUCAAGGCUAGGCUUAACACAUUAAUGGGGCAAACGCAGCAGGAGCUUGCCAGCUAUGGUGACAUGCAUUUCAGCGGCAAGGAACAUCGCGGAUCGUUGAUACUGCAAUUGAUGACUCGUUUCGCUACUUCCUUUAUCUCAUCCAUCGAUGGUACUUCGACGGACAUCUCAACCAAGGAGCUUUGCGGCGGAGCCAGGAUCUACUACAUCUUUAACUCGGUCUUUGGGAGUUCACUCGAGUCUAUUGACCCAACGUCAAAUCUCUCGGCUCUCGACAUUCGGACUGCCAUUCGCAAUUCGACUGGACCACGGCCGAGCCUUUUCGUGCCCGAGAUGGCUUUUGACCUUCUAGUUAAGCCACAAAUCAAGUUGCUUGAGAUCCCCAGUCAGCGUUGCGUGGAGCUCGUGUAUGAGGAGUUGAUCAAAAUCUGUCAUACAUGCGGCUCAACUGAACUUUCUCGAUUUCCCAGACUGCAGGCUAAGCUGAUUGAAGUGGUGUCGGAUCUGCUUCGGGAGAGAUUGGGGCCCGCCUCAUCGUACGUGGAGUCUCUUAUAUCCAUCCAGCGCGCGUACAUCAACACAAACCACCCCAAUUUCCUGGGAGCCGCAGCCGCUAUGGGUCAAGUUGUCACGAGCCGACAGGAUAAAGAGCGGAGGCGGCUGGUCCAGGAGGAGAGAGAACGUCGCGAAAAGAGGCGGCUGAAAGAGCUAGGGACGAACGGAACUGAAGCCCCUGAGGACGAUGAAGACACUCCUCUCGCCGAACGAGGUGACGUUGCAAGCCUCAGGAAAACGCAGGCAAGGGGUUUACGGAGCAUGUCACCCAGUGUUCGAGACAAUCCCGGUUCUGCUGGAAUUGCGUCGGCGGUGAAUGGGCAUCGCCCAGCUUCACCGUCUCGAUUCAACAGCCAGGGCCUUGGAAACACCCGCGACUCGUUCUUGAACUAUUUCUUCGGCAAAGACGGUGUUUCCCAACAGCAGGCAACGCACACUGUCGCCACUCGACAUGUCAGCCAGAACUCGGAGCCGAGCAUUAGCCAAAGCAUUCGCCGCCUCGAGGACAAGUCCAUCGCGCGGCCAGUUCGCGAGGAGGAUGGCGAUGGUCUCAAACAUUCGCGUUUCGGUGACCUUCCAGCCCAAGCUAAUUCCGGGGUGGAACCGGCCCUCACUGAUCGAGAAGCGAUGGAAACGGAUUUAAUCCGCGCUCUUAUUUCUUCCUACUUCAAUAUUGUGCGAGAGUCCAUUGCAGACCAGGUCCCAAAGGCGGUCAUGCAUCUUCUCGUGAACCACUGCAAAGACGUAGUUCAGAACAGGCUGGUAAGCGAGUUGUAUAAGGAGAGCCUAUUUGAAGAGUUAUUAUAUGAAGAUGAUGGUGUAAAGAAGGAGCGGGAGAAGUGUGAGAGCCUUCUUCAAACCUACCGCGAGGCAGCAAAAAUCAUAGGAGAAGUCUUGUGA